CCUCACGUAUCUGCAUGGACAAAAGCUUCGUCCCUUUGGGUGUCAGGCCUGUGAUGAGGUUAUUAGCAGUGCAGCAAACUCACAAGAACUUCAUUUGAAAAACCUGACGAAGAAACAACAUGCAGGUUCUGCCUCAACGAAGCUCAACAGCUCACUGGAGCCCACAGCACUACCUGGCAUGUUUGUUCAUCAUGAUCAGCUGCUCUGGACCAGUUUUAGCCCUUCACGUCCCUCCGGUGACCACAGGCCUCCGCUCUGCUUUCUCUGCCACCCGAACCAGCAGCGUAGUGGGAGGCAAGCAGAAGGCAGUGACUUUCAACAAGCUCAUGGUCAACAUCGGGGGGGAUUUUAACCCAGACAGUGGCCACUUCCGCUGCCGCGUCCCGGGGGCUUACUACUUCUCCUACUCUGUGGGGAAAUUCCCCAAGAAAAUGCUCUCAGUCAUACUGGUGAAGAACGGAGAGGAGGUUCAGGCCAUCGCUUACGACGACUACCGCAAGAAAGGGAGGAAAGUUCAAAGCCAAAGUGUGAUGAUCAGUUUGAAGGAAAUGGACACUGUGUGGCUGCUUUUACAGCAGAGCCCCCAGUACGCUUUGUACAGCAACGCCGGGCCUUACAUCACCUUCUCCGGUUAUCUCGUCUAUCCUGACAUCCCCCCAACCAGCUACAUCAGCAACCACCUGUCCUCACCGGCCCUGUCCUACCCAAACUGCCCCCCUCAGGCCGAUGCCGGGGUCAGAGGUCAGACGAUGGAGCGGUCGGCCUUCUCAGUGGCCCGGACGUCUACGUUAAUGGGUCACAGCAGCAGGCAGCAGGACAAGCCGCCUCUGACCUUUGACGUGGAAUACGUCAACAUUGGAGGCCAUUUCAACAGAACCUCAGGCCUGUUCACCUGCCACGUCCCAGGAGCGUACUUCUUUGCCUACACUGUGGGGAAACACCCUCGUAAGGCCGUUUCUGUGAAGCUGAUGACCGGGAAAGGCGAGGUGCAGGCGAUGGUGUUCGAUGAGGACACGUCAAAGAGGAGGGAGAUGCAGAGCCAGAGCUUGUUGCUGUCUCUCCACAGGGGCGACAGUGUUUGGCUGUACAGCCAGCAGGAUGAGCGCUACGCUGUUUACAGCAACCAGGGGAGGUACACCACCUUUUCUGGCUUCCUGGUUUAUCCUGAUGCAGAGUCGCCUCCCAACAACCAGGACAGAACUCACUUAUAAAUGUCUUAACUCUGAUUAUCACUGGUUUUCUAGUAAAUCUGUAGCUUGUUUCCAUGUGGAUGGAUGGGAAAGAAUCUUCACUCUGGGGUCAGUGUAGUAUAAGUGCUUUUUUCCUCUUUCUGUUAUUAAUAUUUUAUUUUCUUAGUAAAUAAUAAUUGUAAAUCCAAAGGUAUCAUUUGCUACUGAUGUACUCCACAAGAUGGUGCUGUAACACAAUGAUGGACAUUAACCAGGAGGCAGGAUGGUUAGUGUUGUCCUUAAAGUGCAAUCAACUGCAAGAAAUAAAUUUUUAAAAAUGUGUUUAUAUAAUAUCUUCUUGAUUAAACAACAUUUUGGGGGAAUUCUUUUAUAUUUGAAGGUUUUAAAAAGUGGAUUAUUACAUCACUAUUGCAUGGUAAGAAUAAAUGAAAAUGUAUAUUCUGUAAAGUUUACUAAAAUGUACUUACUAUUAAAAAAAAGACCUGUGGACAUGUUAUGUAUGGAACUUUCAUUUUGUAGAUAGAUCUGUUGUAAUGUUUUGCAUGCAUUUUGUUAAAAAUUUAAUAAAUCAUUCACUUAAAUCUAUUAAAACAUGAUUAAUUCUUAGAAGUCAAAUGAAAA